CUUUGUCCAAAUAAAACCACUCUGGCUUUCCAUAUAAAGCAUAUAUAAUAGUAUUGCAUCAUGUAACUCUCCUAGGAUUAGGAACAUUCAUCUACGGAAAUCUUGUCCUUCUUCUCCUUCUCUCCUCUGCUUCUCUCUCAUUACAACCCACUCCCAUAAUUUUCAAUUUGUUCACUGAUCUAACAGGUUAAAGGUGUGAUUAUUUUAAGUAAAGAUGGGGAGAGGGAAGAUUGCGAUUCGAAGGAUCGACAACUCCACUAGCCGACAAGUGACUUUCUCAAAGAGAAGAAAUGGAUUGCUGAAGAAAGCUAGAGAAUUAUCAAUUCUUUGUGAUGCUGAAGUUGGAUUGAUGGUGUUUUCCAGCACUGGAAAGCUUUAUGAUUAUGCAAGCACAAGCAUGAAAUCUGUUUUUGAGCGCUACAACAAGCUAAAAGAGGAACAUCAUCACCUCAUGAAUCCGGCUUCAGAAGAAAAGUUUUGGCAGACAGAAGCAGCAAGCUUGAGGCAACAACUUCAGUAUUUGCAAGAAUGCCACAGGCAAUUAAUGGGUGAAGAACUUACGGGUUUGGGUAUCAAAGAACUACAAAAUCUGGAAAACCAACUGGAGAUGAGUCUAAAGGGUGUUCGCAUGAAAAAGGAUCAAAUUUUAACAAGUGAGAUUAAAGAACUGCGCCAAAAGGGAAAUCUCAUUCAUCAGGAAAAUGUUGAACUCUAUCAAAAAAUGGACCAGAUUCAAAAGGAAAAUGCAGAGCUACAGAAGAAGGUUUACGGAAGCAGGAGUACAGGUGAAGAAAAUGUGGCAUCCAGUCCUUCUUACAUGGUCAGAAAUGAAUAUGAUUUACGUCCACCAAUCAGUCUCCAGCUAAGUCAGCCACAGACUCACUACAGUGAACCAUCAGCCAAAGUAAUGAAACUCGGGUAUUCCCUCAAACUGAUAAUAAAUCAAGUCAAUAAUUUUUCUUUUCAAUUUCAUAAGACACUAAAAACUUAAUCUCUGGGCCAGAUUGCAGCUGCAUUAGCAAAAAAUUGUUCAGUAAACGGGGAGUUGUCAUUUUGUGACAAGAAGCAACUAUGUUACAACUUUUGCCUAGAAUGGUCAGACUUUCUACGAGUUGGGUCUUGUAUUCCUCAACCGCAUUUGUUCCAUUCAACUCUACAAUGCAUGUAUGGUACGAGAUUAUCUAUCAAGAAGCUUAUGAUUGCUGUUAAGGAUUAGACAUAAUGAUUGCCCUUGUAAAGUUUAAGCAAUAAAAAUAUCAACAAUUGAGCCUGGUGUUUUUUGCUAUAAACUCUAAAUACAUAUUUCGUGUCCAAUUAAAUCCAAUUCAGAACACAACCAGCUGCGCCUAUACAUGUAAUAAGUAAUCCAAAACACAUUGGGAACUAUGUAGGUCAGAAAGUAAGUGACACAUAAGUAUGACUGAUGAUUCUUCAAAAUGAAUUAUAAAGAAGUAUUGCUAACAAUGAAGAGGAAAUCAAUAUCCCCAAAUCAUACAAACAAAUGUAUUCGCAACAUCAUGUGCCUGCUUAAUGCAAAGCUUAAACAUGAAACAGAAACAGAAACUUAUCA